UCCGUCGUCCCCACCGCUUGCUCCCGCUCCCCACCCCUCCGUCCUGGCCCAGCCGCCCAGCACCUUAUAAGCAGCGCGGUUCCCCCUCUCGUUCAUCACCACCCACCUCUCUCUCUCUCUUUUUCCUUUCCCUCCCUCACCCCCUCCUACCCACACCCAACCAAAACCAAAACCACCUCACCCAAAAUGGCUCCCGGCAAGUACGACGCGACGACGCCGCCUAAGGCCUCGCAGCUCGACCCCAAGCUUAUCGGCAAGCUGCUCGUCGAUCUCCGCUCCGAGAUCGACACCCUCAAGAGCAGCUACGAUGUCCAGGCCGUCAUGGACUUCCAGCGCGCCGCCAACUUCCUCUCGGCCGCCCAGAUCUUCCUCCGCUCCAAUGCCCUCAUGAAGCGCCCCCUCGAGCAGCGCGACGUCAAGCGCCGUCUCCUCGGCCACUGGGGUACCUGCCCCGGUCUCAACUUUGCGUACGCCCACGCUACGCAGCUCAUCUCCGAGCUCGAGGAGAAGGGCGAGGACCCCGACUGGCUCUUCAUCACUGGCCCUGGCCACGGCGCCCCCGCCGUCCUCUCGACCCUCUACCUCGAGGGCUCGUUCACCAAGUUCUACCCCGAGUACGACUUCUCUGAGGACGGCUUCGAGAAGUUCGUCCGCGCCUUUUCGUUCCCCGGCGGCUUCCCCUCGCACGUCAACGCCGAGACCCCCGGUGCCAUCCACGAGGGUGGUGAGCUUGGCUAUGCCCUCGCCGUCGCCUACGGCGCCGUCAUGGACCGCCCCGAUGCCAUCAGCGUCGUGGUUGUCGGUGACGGUGAGGCCGAGACUGGCCCUACCGCUGCCGCCUGGCACGCCCACAAGUACCUCGACCCCGCCACCAACGGUGCCGUCAUCCCCAUCCUCCACAUCAACGGCUACAAGAUCGGCGAGCGCACCAUCGCCGGCUGCAUGGACGACCUCGAGCUCGCCGCUCUCUUCGUCGGCUACGGCUUCCUCCCUCGCAUCGUCGAGUACGGCAAGGUCGGCGACCGCGAGCCCGAUGGAUCGACCAGCCACGAGCACGACGUGUCGGUCAACUACGACAUGGCUGCCAGCAUGCGCUGGGCUCUCGGCGAGAUCCGCAAGAUCCAGAAGGCUGCCCGCGGCGGCAAGCCCAUUACCAAGCCCCGCUGGCCCGUGAUCCUCAUGCGCACCCCCAAGGGCUGGACCGGCCCCCGCGAGGUCGGCGGCAACCCCGUCGAGGGCUCGUGGCGCUCGCACCAGGUCCCCGUCAACGCCUGUGCGACCGACAAGGGCCACUUUGAGCAGCUCGUGCACUGGCUCAAGUCGUACCGCCCCGAGGAGCUCUUCCACACUGGCGGCAGCGGCCACCUCAUCGACCCGCGCGUGACCAAGAUCGUGCCCAAGAAGGAGAAGCUCCGCAUGGGCCAGAACACGGCCACGUACGACGCCUUUGAGCCCCUCAAGGUGCCCGACUGGCGCAACUUCCUGCACAACAAGGACGACGACGUCAGCAACAUGAAGGCGAUCGGCGCGUACGUCAAGGAGAUUGUGGCCCUCAACCCCAAGUCGUUCCGCAUCUUCUCGCCGGACGAGAUCACCUCCAACAAGCUCGACGCCUGUCUCGAGAUCACGCACCGCGACUUCCAGUGGGACCCCGAGACGGCUCACGACGGCGGCCGCGUCACCGAGAUGCUCAGCGAGCACACGCUCCAGGGCUUCCUCCAGGGCUACACCCUCACCGGUCGUCACGGCAUGUUCCCCUCGUACGAGGCUUUCCUCGGCAUCGUCGCUACGAUGAUCGACCAGUACGCCAAGUACAUCAAGAUGGCUGAGGAGACUCCCUGGCGUCGUCCUAUCGCGGGCCUCCUUUACAUCAUGACCUCGACCCUCUGGCGCCAGGAGCACAACGGCUACUCGCACCAGAACCCCGGUCUUGUCGGCAGCUUCAUCUCGCUCCCCCGCAACCUUGCCCGCAUCUACUUCCCCGCCGACGCCAACACUUCGGUCAGCACUGCUGACCACUGCCUGCGCUCGAAGAACUUCAUCAACCUCAUCGUUGGCUCCAAGAACCCCACCCGCGUUCUCCUUACGGCCGAGGAGGCCGAGGAGCACUGCGUCGCCGGUGCCUCUGUGUGGAAGGCUUACUCGACGGACGGCGGCGUCAACCCCGACGUGGUCCUCGUCGGCUGCGGUGUCGAAGUGACGCACGAAGUGAUCGCGGCCUCGGCCAUCCUCCGCAACCACGGCAUCCGCGUGCGCGUGGUCAACGUCAACGACCUCCUGGUGCUCGGCCCCGCCGAGGGUCUGCGCGCGCACCCCCACGCGCUCUCCGACUCGGCCUUCUACGGCCUCUUUACCGUCGACAAGCCCGUGGUCGUCAACUUCCACGGCUACCCCAAGGACAUUGAGGGCCUCCUCUUCGGCCGCGCCCAGAAGGACCGCUGGCGCGUCCAGGGCUACAUCGAGGAGGGCACGACCACGUCGCCCUGGUCGAUGCUCCGCGUGAACCACUGCAGCCGCUACGACCUCGCCGACAUUGCCGUCGAGCUCGUGUGCAAGCUCACGCCCAACCACCCCAUCAGCGCCGACGCCAACAGACUCCAGAUGAACUGGCGCCACGAGCUCCGCAACCACCAGAAGUACGUCGAGGACACGGGCGAGGACCCCGCGUGGUGCAACGAGAUCCCCGAGGUCAAGGAGCGCAAGUAGGCUGUCCGCGAGACUACGCCACACUCGUUCCAGAAGUGAUUCACACUGCGCCUAGUUGUGUAUAGUAUCUGAUGUAAAUUGUGCGCAGUACAGGGCAUCCCACGACUUGGUAGAUCACCU